AUGCCUACUCCCUCUCCAAACCCUCCACCUGGCCCUCACUCGCCGCGUUCGUACCACACCUGCCCAGAGGACACAGGCACGCGAUCAUCGUCACGCAGUUCGCAAAUACCAGUCGAAACCGGCGAAGGAAGCCUGCACGCCGCAGGCGGGGGCUCUGAGGAAACCCCUGUCGUCCCUGUCGUUGAGGUCUCCUCGCAGACGAGCCACAUUACGGAGAGCAUGAUUGAAGACGAACCCACAUCGGCGAUAUCCUCGAGGGCAACCACCAUGUCGCCAGCACCCGAGUCGACAGUCACAUCUCGGACGACACCAGGCCCAGGGAUCGACUUUGAUGUCUUCAAGCAGAUGGAGGUUGACGAAGACGAACACCAGACGACCGUGGAGGGGCUGCGUCUACACGAUGGAGAAAGCGGUGCCAGCGGGACGGGACGAUCAUCCCACCCUGCGUCCCAUGUACAAGACGCGGGCCCUGGCAAGGGAAGCGAUGUCGUGCACGUGAUGAUGGGUGAUGAGGAGGAGUUAAUGGCGCCCUCCAUGGGAUCAGAUUACCCCAGCUUGAGGACAAUCCCCACCUCCCCAUCGUCCUUUUUGCGACCGGGAAGCAAAUUCCACGGCACGCAACAGUCGGAGAGACAAGUCUACGAUGUGCAGGUGGAAAUCAAGCACGUCGACCUGAAGGAGUCUUUUCUCUGUGGCUAUCUCCGGAUCCAAGGCCUCACUGAAGACCAUCCGACUCUGACGACAUAUUUUGAAGGCGAGAUCAUCGGCACCAAAUACAAUUUCUUCACAAACCACGAUACCUGGGGUGCCACCAACAAAAUCGACCUCAACCACUGGGGCAAGUUUGCGGCGUUCCGACCCUUUCAGAAACAGGCACGAAAAGGACCGGUAAGCGUCCGUGAUGUGGCGCAGUGUGAGAACAUUUUUAUGCGGUGGAAAGAACAUUUCCUGGUCCCCGAUCACCGAGUGCGCACCAUCAGUGGCGCCAGCUUUGAGGGCUUCUACUACAUCUGCUUCAACCAGGUCAAGGGUGAAGUGAGCGGGAUAUACUUUCACUCGAAGAGCGAGAAGUUCCAGCAGCUAGAGCUCAAGCAUGUCGAAGACAAGGGAUGCUUCGGCGCGAUGGAGUUCAGGUAG